GCGCUGGUCUGCUCUAUAACAUAGCCCUAAGCCCUAAGCUAAAAAGCGGUGGUCUUCCAUAGUCCUCUUCCCUCAUUUUAUCCCAAGAAAAAAAGAAACAGCACACGCAAAACUCGAAGCUCCCUGCUCAGACAGGGAAAAUUAGAAGGCAAAGAUGGCGCUGGAUGCUCUCUCGGCCAGCGACCUCCUCAACUUCAUCAUCUACGACACCAUCUCCGUCACCCCCUACAGCUCCCACGACUCCUCCGACACCACCUUCCUCGACAGCCACCUCUACCACCUCAUUCAGCCACCCCAUCAAGAACAAGCUGCUGCUGCUGCUUCUGCUGCUUCUGCUGCAGCCGGUUCUUGCUCCCUGCAGACCAACUCCAUCAGCGGCUCUCCCCCGCCGCAGCCGUCGCCGCCGGCACCUCCUCCGCAGGGCCGGCGAGCGAGGUCCGGCGAGAAGAGGGCGGCCGGCCAGGGGGCGGCGGCGGCGCAGGGGAGGAAGAAGCGGAAGAGGAGGCCGAGGGUGUGCAAGAACAAGGAGGAGGCCGAGACGCAACGGAUGACCCACAUUGCCGUCGAGAGGAAUCGCCGGAAGCAGAUGAACGAGCACUUGGCCGUCCUCAGGUCCUUGAUGCCCGAGUCCUAUGUCCAAAGGGGUGACCAAGCCUCCAUAGUUGGUGGAGCCAUCGAGUUCGUCAAGGAGUUAGAGCAUCUCCUGCAGUCCCUCGAAGCCCAAAAGCUCCAGCAUUCACAGUACAAAGCAGGAGAAGACAUCGCGAGUGAAGAAGCGGACACAACCAACGACACCAACAAUGAUGAUCCUUCUAAAAUCCUGCAACCCCCAUUUUCACAGUUCUUCAUGUACCCUCAAUACACAUGGUCUCAAGCGCCCAGCAAGUACACAGCCUCCUCCACUUCUACCACCGGAGCGGCCAUCGCCGACAUCGAGGUCACCCUCAUCGAGACCCAUGCGAGCCUCAGGAUCCUCUCGAGGAGGAACACUCGACAGCUCUCAAGAUUGAUUGCAGGAUUUCACACCCUCCACCUCAGCAUCCUCCACCUGAAUGUGACCACAUUGGACCCUCUGGUACUCUACUCAAUCAGUGCCAAGGUUGAAGAAGGGUGCCAGCUCACCUCAGUAGAUGACAUAGCAAGAGCUGUCCACCACAUGCUCAGAAUAAUUGAGGAAGGCAGUGAAAUUUGUUGAUAUUUUUACAUGAGGCUGCCUAGAUUGCCCUUUGGAUCCAGCUGAAAUUACCAGUAUCCCACCCCUCUCCUCUUUUCCUUUCUCCUUUUUAUGGGGUUUUUGUCUCUCGCAGUUAGAAUUUCUCUGUUUAUCUGUAUGUAACUAAAUAUGUUAAUGGGUUCUUUUAUUUGUUUA